AUGAAGAAGACAGGUAGGGAGAUGCCUUAUAUGUGCCGUUUGUGCAGGGAGGAUUGCGAAGAUGUCGGCCAUAUUACUUGGCUUUGCAAAAUUGCUAAGAAGAUUUGGAAUUGGGCAGCUGAUAUUUUUAAUCUGAAACCGAAUGAAGAUCUUGUGGCCUCUUACAAGGUUGCAAAAGGGCGGAGUAGGAUGAUAAAGGAUCUGUGGCUUGUUGCAAAUAUUGCAAUAGUUACGGAAUUAUGGAAGUUGUGCAACAAGGCUUAUUAUGAGAACAUGCGAGUUCAAUGGCUUGAAUUGAAGGGACAGGUUCAUCAGGUAAUUCGUGAUAACUCAAUUAGAAUGAAGGGCCACAUGUAUAAUGCCUUAGAUGAUUUUCGAAUUUUGAAUUUCUUUAGAGUGGAGCAUAGAUCUUGCAAACACUCUGUUCCAAUUGAAGUUACUUGGAAGCCGCCUAAUCCAGAUGAGCUUAUGAUCUGUUGUGAUGGUGCAUCACUUGGCAACCCGGGCCAAGAUGGUUCUGGUAUAGUUUUCGUGAUUCUAACUCGGCAUUUUUGGGAGUUUUGUGCGUUGGACUGGGCUGGCAGACCAACUUUUAUGCUGAAGAGAGUUGUCAUGGCAGCUAAUGCAGAAAUGGAAAAUGGCGAAGAGUUUUUACAAAAAUAUUAG